AAACCUGAACACGAUCGGCAAACGGCAUAGCAAAAGAAAUUUGAAACCAUGAAAGGAUUUAAAGUAUUUUUUAUGAUAAUACUAACCUUAAAAGCCAUUAAAACGGCAACGAAAGCUGAAACUCCACAUGAUAAGGACCAAGGUUCUGCAGCAGCACCAUCAAAGCAUGAAGAAGAUCAGCAAGAAAAUCUGAUCCUAACCUCCUAUAAAGAUGAUUAUGAUGAGGAAGAACUGAAAACUCCCUUGAAACAAAUUCAAUUGUAUAACGAUGAUGAGAGAUGCAGUGAGAAUGGCUUGUGUUCCGACAUGGAUUAUGGCAAUAGAGAUGAGGUGGUAACAUUUGCUCGCAAACUGAAAAUACGCUUUACCUCCCAGACCACCUAUAAAGUCUUAGAAUCCAGGAAUUCUUGCUGUUUGACAUUUAAGAACUCGAAAUUUGCCAAUUUUCCUUUAAAUCUCUUUGAGGCCUUUAGGAUAGAGGAGCUGGACUUUAGGAAUUGUUCGUUAAAAACCUUAAAACGAGAUAAUUUCCUUAGAGCCGAAAAUUUAAGCAUACUGUUGAUGUCCGAGAAUCUGUUAAGCGAAAUCAAACCCAUGCUAUUCACCUAUGUCGACAAUUUAUCGUUUCUCUUUUUGGAUAGCAAUCGCCUAAGCAUCUUGUACAAAGACAGUUUUAAGGGUUUGGACAAGCUAAACUAUUUGGAUUUACACAACAAUUUUAUAGAGACUCUGCCCUCGCAAAUCUUCAGCUAUAUGCCCUACUUGCAACAAAUAAAUUUAUCCCAAAAUCGGCUCAAAAUCAUAAAAUAUUCCUUGUUUGCUUACAAUCCCCGGCUGUUUAGCAUACACUUGCAAAGAAAUAAUUUAAAAGCUAUACAGGAAUAUGCUUUUAAGCAUCAGGAGACUUUAAAACAUUUGGAUAUUUCCCACAAUUCCAAUUUAAAAACCUUGGUAUGUGUCAAUCUAAAGGUGGAAUAUUUAUGGGCCAAAAAUUGUUCCUUGAAACGCCUCAAUAUCUAUGGUGAAGUGGUAAAUGGGGAUUUAAGACAAAAUUCCCUUAAAGAAUUGUAUUUUAAUCAACCGGAAUAUUUGGAAACGUUAAGUUUGAAAGACAAUAGCCUAGAGCAAAUCUCCUGUUUGCAACGAGCCACCAACUUGCUGGAUUUAGAUGUCUCCCACAAUCCUCAACUAAAAACUUUAAACGAUUUCUAUCAAUUCAACUCUUUGGAAAGAUUGGAUCUUAGCAAUACCUCACUGCAGGAAAUACCUGUCAACAUAAUAAAUUCUUCACCUAAAUUAAGAGCCCUUAAUAUCUCCUUUAAUCAGUUACAGGAAAUUAAACCCUUAAAUUUCAAAUAUCUACAGAAAUUAACACAAUUCUAUAUACAUCACAACAAUUGGCAAUGUUACAAUCUACAGCUACUAAUGGAUAAAAUAAUAAAACCCUUGAAAAUCUCCUUUACACGAGAUAAAUACGAUCACAACUUCCCUGGAGAAUAUAUACAGGGUAUUAAGUGUAUGCCUGCUAGAGAACAAACAGAUUAUGACUAUCAAAUGGACUCGUAUAGCUCUCGGCAGUUAGACAUCACAGCCCAAGAGCUCUUCAAUAGUUCAAACUCCCUCAAACAGGAGUUUCAAAACUUGGAAUAUAUAAAUGAUGCAAAGGAAUUGAGUCGUGAAUUUAAGUCUAUUUUUCAAAUUUAUGAACAAAAAUUCAACUGGAUUUUUAAUAAACUAAACAAUAUGGAUUUGCGUCUUAGGAAAUUUGAACGUUUAAGUGAGAGCUUAUGGCGUAAUGUUGGCAUUAUGUUUUGA